AUGCUGCACGGAUCAUUAUCUGCGGCCAGCCAAUCCCGGUCUGUGCCCCACCUGUCGCAGAUUAUCCACUUGGAGCCACAGAAUAAGCCCCGGUGCGUUGGAUACGCCCAAACCCAAGGCCGGCUCUGUGAUAAUGAGACUAAUGUACAGGGUCGGAAUUAUGCCUUACAUUUACUGGACCAAGGUACUGAAGAGCUCGAAGCGGGAAAUUGCAUCGCGGAUCUGUUGGAGGAACUGGCGUCGUACGUAUUGUGCACCAGGUUGCAUCAAUCGCAAGCAUCCGGUCUCGCUGCACGUUGGCAGGAGCAAGUCCGCUCAUAUAUGCAAUCUCAACCCGAUCCGACAAGAGAGACAACUCAACAGUCCACCCGGCGACGAGUUGCUCCAAAUCCGGAUUUUGCCCGAGGCCCUGUUACUGAACCUUCUCUGGAUACAAUCCAAUCGAAUUAUGAUGAAGUGUUGGGCCGAUAUGUCCAGAGAUAUGAGCAAGCUCUUGCACGUAUGGCAAGCUUCGAGGCAGAACAAAGAUCCCAAUUCUCAGCCUCAUUAGCUGAAAAUGUGGAUGUGGAUGUGAAUCCGCGUGCACAAGGCCGCAACAGUAGGAACGUGAUUCGAUACGCGACCGGAAUUGAAGGGUUGGAUUCAGGAACAAGAAAUGACACACAAAACAACCCAAUUAGGGCACCCCGAGCAAUUUCGUCAAGGCUGAACCACUCGAACUACGAUGAAGAAUCACUUUCUCAUACCCGUAGAGUUCAACGGCCUUCAGCCAAUCCUCUCACUAGCCGACAAACUACCUCAGUCUCAAUUCCACCACCAGUAAACGAGGCUACGAUCUUACGUGUACAGGAAAAUACAAGUCCGACUACAAAUCUUGACCUAGGACGGUUUGAAAGGUUAGCGGCAAGCAGAAGGUACAAUGUGCGAAAUAAUGUCCCAAGACCACUACAGACAAUCUCCGAGACGAGUUUGAUCGCCCCACGUGAGAGAGUACUAGGAACCAGAAACCGAGCACUUCGUAUAGAAGAAGACAACGCGGAAAGGGUACCACGCCAAAAUACGAGACCUUUUCCCCGUCAGACAUCAAAUGUCACACGCCGAGAGAUAGAAGGUCCUUGUGGAAUUUGUCUGGAGGAUUUGCAAGGCGUGGAAUUCAUCCGUACAGGGGGCUAUGAUGAUUCUGGCAGUGACAGCGAUAAUGGUAGUUAUGAUGAUACCGAUAAUGACGGAGAAGUUGAACGGACCCUUGUUUAUUGCAAAGCUCAAUGUGGGAAUAACUUCCAUGAAACCUGUUUGACUGAAUGGCUGGACCACAUUAUGGUCCCAACAUGUCCCAUGUGCCGGAUUGAAUGGGAGGACUGA